GGCUUUAAAAGGACGAAAACGGCAAAAAUACACGGUGCGCGGCCCCGCGGCCCGGUCCGAGGGGGUCGGCGCUCUGGUAGAACAGCCGAGAAACGGCGAACAGAGCCGAACCAAGCCGCUGUGGCGGAAUGUGUGGAGGAGGUAAACAUGUGAACGCACGUUUUCGGCCUACCGUGCGUGUUUUUUCAGGCUCUGCGCGGGAAAAGGGAGACGAUGGCUGAGCUGAUACGGAGCUAAAAUGUCUCCGUGGGCUUUUUAAUAAUCCUGAGGGAGUGGGGCUGAGGGAGGAGGCGGGUUUCCGAGGAAUAGCUUUAACACGACGCCGCGGGACUGGCAGUGUUUACGGGGGUCCGUGGGUGGAACUCUGCGGGGAACCGACCGAAACCAACCUGAACGCGUUCAUAGGUUGAAAGGAUGAGCAGCAACGAGUGCUUUGGGUGCGGCCGCACUGGCCACUGGAUCAAGAACUGUCCAAAUGCUGGACGGGGACGUGGCAAAGGUCGCGGAAGAGGAAAAGGUGAGAGCUUCUCAUAUUACUUGCUGUUUAUAGGCUUGCGUAUUGAUAUUUCUGCACUGUUUAGACGAUUAUCACUAAAUUUCCAUUUUUUGGUUCUAGAUCUUUUCUGUUACCGCUGUGGAGAGCCUGGCCAUGUUGCUCGAGACUGUGAAAGAACUGAGGAUGCCUGCUACAACUGUGGCAGGGGAGGCCACAUCUCCAGAGACUGCAAGGAGCCCAAAAAGGAGAGGGAGCAGGUGUGCUACAACUGUGGCAAGGCCGGCCAUGUGGCUCGCGACUGUGACCACGCCAAUGAGCAGAAGUGUUACUCUUGUGGAGGAUUUGGACACAUUCAGAAAGGCUGUGAAAAAGUCAAGUGCUACAGGUGUGGCGAGAUCGGCCACGUUGCUGUGCAGUGCAGUAAGGCGAGCGAAGUCAACUGCUACAACUGCGGCAAAUCCGGUCACCUGGCAAAAGAAUGCACCAUCGAGGCCACUGCUUAAUCCCAUUUCCUUGGUUGCCCCUCCUUUUUUCUGAUUGAUGGUUGUAUUAUUUUCUCUGAAUCCUCUUCACUGGCCAAAGGUUGGCAGAUAGAGGCUAGUCCCAGGCCAGUGAGCUCUUGACACGUAAAAGGAGGAAAGGGGUGGAAAAAGAAAACAAAAUUUCCACUUUCUUGCAUUUAAUACAAAAAAAGUUUAUGUUUAGUUUGGUAGAGGUGUUAUGUAUAAUGCUUUGUUAAAGAACCCCCUUUCCAUGCCACUGGUUAACAGGGAUGAAUGAGUUUAGUGGAAAGAAAUGAUGUCGAUUCAGUCUCUCCGAGCUCGUCGAACGAAGCCUCGUUGAGAGAUUGAGGAGGGGGAAAAAAAGAAGUGUGAACUUCUGGGGAUGAUUUUUGCGUUUGUGGUUUUAUCAGUGGGGAUGGCUUAGGCUAAGAGUGAUUGACCUGGAUGAAGCAGUACAGGACUCAGCGGUCAGAUCUGUCCGGGCCCAACCAGCAGUACGCAGCUAAGUGGAGAACACAUUAAUGAAACAUGCUAAUGACGAGCAAGUUUACAGCACAUUCUGAGGAUAAACAUGGAAUUAUUUCAGAAAACUACAUUCUUUGUUAUGCGCAAGUUGUUGGACUGUGCAGAGCAUAUAAGUUGUUCGAGAAAUAUCAGGUGUAUGAACCCAUGAUUGCAGCGCAGAUGGAAAAAUGAAAAUAAAAACAAAACUUAAAACGCAAUAUGCGUAGGAGGGAUAAAUAAGAUUUGGAGUUGGGAGUAAAGGUGAAUGUUUUCACAGAAAUCAAAAAUGUUAUUUUUGUACAAUAUCACUUAGACUACUGUAAAAAAAUAUCAUUUGCUUGUACUCAGUUUUUAAGUGGGAAGGUAAAUGCAACUGAAGUCCUAGAACAUAGAAAUGUACUUUUAAACUAUCAAUAAAGCUGGAGGAAGAAGGGGAGUGAGACUAAAGCUUA